AUGCCAACGCUGGACCUGCAGCCAUCCGUCGCCAACAUUGCCAACCGUGUGCUAGCGGGCGCUCGCAUCCCUCCUUCGCCUGAAACAUAUGCUCUCAUCCAUCUGGACUUACUGCUCACUGUCAAGGGAGGGCGUGUAUGGUACAUCCAGUCAUCUCCUCUUCUACGUGGCGCUGUCUACUUACCAAUUCCGCUCCGGGCGGCGACACUGGCCGAUCUCUUUGUUAGCUGCGGACGCCUUCUAGUAUUGUCCACCAGCUUGUUUCAUCCGCCUACCUCGUUGUUCGACAUGUGUGGGAUUGUUUGCUCUGGGGAAGACUCUGAAUCGGUCCGACGUGAAGGCGUCGUCGAAGUCUCAGAGGGCUGUUUCUUCUCAGCGUUACCUAUUUUGGCAACGUCUAGCAAACAAGCUAAAUGCAUCUCAAAGCAUUCGACUGUUCUGCUAUAG